AUGGCCAUCAUCCCAGACGUUCCGCACGUCGUUGUGGACAUUGUGGUUGAUGGACAACCACUNCCUGAGUACCUCGAUGAAGACGAUGAGGAAUCCGUUACCUCCAACAGCACUGUCAAAUAUGUUGAAUCCGUCUCUGGCUCUCACUUCGGCAUACGUGUUGAUCUCACUGGCAUGGAACGCAGGCACCUCAAACGCGGCAAUUCCAUCUCAGCAGACUAUCACCUUGAUGGUCAACUAGUCGCCAGCUGUGUGUAUGAAUUCCCUCUGCGUGGCCACGCUGUCUCUGUACUCCCUGGCGCUUCCUACAGAGAAGGCGGAAUCUGGCUCCAGCGAAAGUUCAUGUUUAGUGACCUUAUCACCNNCGAGGAUGCAGAAUACAAUAAACCAAGACCAGAGCUUGAAGAUUUGGGCAUGAUCACCGUCAAACUGUACUUUUCCCAUGUACAAGGAGGCUAUCUCAACAACGGCCCUGAUCGUGUCAAGACAAACAACGCUCAUGAAAACAUCCAUGAGAAGCAUCUCAAAGGACAAGCUAUUUCUCAGCAAGCCAAUAAGUCCGCUUACAAGGUAAUCAAGUGCAGUACUAAUUCUGACAGANNGGACUUGCAAAUCCUUUAUCUCAUACCAAGAAGCCCCAGUCCUGUCUCCAUCGAGGAUAGACCUGAAGGAGACCUUACGAGAGAAGAGCUCCUCGAACUCUUGCGCAGACAGAAGUCUCGCCAGGAAGAGCAGGUUGCGAUCAAGCAAGAGCUCAAGAGAGAGCGCAUCGAAUAUGAUGGAAGCGACGACGAUCUGACCGUAAUCUCCUCCCGUCCACCUAACAAACAACCCAAAGUCUCCACAGAUACAGACACGGGCAUCGACACUAUCGACUUGACAGACGUUUGA